AUGCCGCCCUCUUCGCUGCCGUCGUUGCCGCUCUCCGUUUACUUCCUGGUCAUGGAGUUUGCCUUAUACGAUUACUCGCAUGACAUGUUCCCCUCGAAGCGCUCUCACCCUCGAAAGCACCUGAAAGACGUGGCGAUGGUGUCCAAGGGCUGGUUGCAACCUGUUAAGCAACUGAUGACGCAGUACGAGCAAGACACAAUGGAAGUCCAGCUGAAAACUGGAGCAAAAGAUGAGAUUGUAGGCGUCCAAAGUGAAGCCGCGACUCGGAGUGGAGAUGUACGCGAUCUCAGAGUCAUGAUUGGCAAAGAACCGAAGGACGGCUACGGGGAAAGCAAAGUUAUGCUGCCAACCAAGGAAACAGAGGAGGCGCAAGUGGAUUGGGACGCACUUUUAGCCCAGAUGCCGGGACUUCGACGCCUGGAUCUGAAGCUGGUGCCACUGCACAGUAAACAUUUGCCAGAGCUGUUGAAGGCAGCUGGGAGACACUGCUUCCACCUGGAGAGCUUGGUGUUACCACGGAAGACUGAGUUGAAGGAAGUUGUUAAGGGAGACAAGAUCGAGACGGUGCUCAAGGAGCUUUAUGGUAUAUUGAAGCAACUGCACUUGAAUGGAACUCGUGGAGGGCUGAGGCAAUUGACUGUACCAACAAGAAAUGAUGCGGAGCGUCACCAAUCCACUGAAGAAUUUCUGGAGAACGUGGCAAAAUACUGUCCGAAAGUCGAGCAUUUGGAUGGCUCGAAAAAAUCUUUCCAUGAUUAUGAAGGUGUUCGCUGCGAGGACAAGUGGAUGGUAUCGCUGGACUCUUGGAAGAAGUUCAUCAAAGCCUGCACGGGUCUGCGCGAGUUCCACUUUGCACCCGUGCCCUUCGCAGAUCCGUUUUUCCGCGUCUUUGGUGCAAAUCCGAAGCCGCAGUUGGAAACUCUGAGUGUCACUGCCAACUUGCUCUGGAGUUGGAAAGAAUAUCUCCAGGUGUGUGGAGCUGCCACUGCCGAAGCAAUUCAGGAAUGUUACGGACAACACGCGAAAGAUGUCGCCGCCAUCUUUCAAGGUUGCCCUGCAUUGAAAAACCUCACCGUCAAAAUUGAUCUGCAGAAAUACACCGACUCGGUUGCUCGACACUUCAAGAUCGACAGCUUUGGUGAUGAAUUCUGGGCUUCAGUGGCUACAAACUGUCCUCGUCUUGAGCGCUUCGCAAUUAGAAACUGCGCCAAUUUCGAGGUGAUGAAUGUGAGACCUAUUCGAACGUUCACCGAUGCCUCGUUGGUCAAUCUCGCUGAGCUGAAGAACUUGUACUCAGUGGAGAGCAAUGCAGCCGUAAUGUGCACAGGGGAUGGUAUCUUCGACUACAUGCGCCGUGUGCUCGAGUUAAAUUACUUCAGUAACGAUUGGCGGAUGCUGGAUUUACGCAUCGGAGGCCAGCAGGACGGCUUCUUUGGCGUACCCAUGUUCUACUCAGUGGUUGUGGGACUGUUACGCCGACUAGCACAAAUCAGCGAAAAAGACUUCGGAGCCGCAGCAUGCAAGCAGAAAUUCGAGGUGUUUCUAAGCAAUCCGUACCAUUCGAGAGUGAGCAAACAGUGGAGCGCCAAGUACAUGCGUGAGGAACUGAGACCGUUGAUGUAUCGCGUGAAGGAGAUGCACCCGUCGCUCAGUCUGAACGCUUCGGUGAAUGGCGUGUCUGGAGACUCUUUCUCGAAGAUCGACAUGUUCACGAUGAGCUGGCGUCCUCGAGACAAAGAAAGAGCUUUGUUCUGGAACUCCCCAGAGGACGAGUACUACUGCGAGAACGACCCUAGCGACCGCAUGCCGCCGGCACUGAUGAAUCUCUUCAACGAAAUACUCGGUUACGACGCGGAAGACGGUGACAGUGGCUCUUCUGGAGACGAAGAUAUUGACGACGUCGGGGAAGACGAGGACGGCGAUUUCGGGGGAUUCUUCCCCGUGUUGUAGUCUGAGAGAUCAGCAUUUUCAUACUUCAUUAUUAUCAUCGUCA